UACACACUUAACCUAACAUGUAUAAUUUUAUACAUGUGAUAACUGUGAAUAGCAGUUUCUGACUUUGUGAUUUACACUCAUAAAAAAUCCGUACAUUUACAGAUUUUCCAAAAAGAAAUCUACGGAAUUUUCAGCUCUUUCUUCCGGACUUUCAAAAAUCUGAGGUGGCAACACUGGUGGACUGAGUAUCAUCUCUUGCUUAAAUUAUUUGUCGAAAUGUCAUCGAAAACAGAGGUUACAUUGGAACAUUUUUACAUAUUCAAUGGCAUGUAUGCGAAAAAAGAAGGGGAGGAAGAAAAAAAGAUACUUUAUUAUUAUCCAGAAAGAGAUUUAGAUGUUCAAAUUAAAAAUAUAGGACUGAGUGAAGCAAUUAUUAAAUUUGCCCAAUCAUUUAAUCCUGGACAACCAUGUGAUUAUUGUCAUACCCACAAAACUCGUCAAAUUUAUUAUCAACCAGAACCAAAUUUUUGGAUGGUAAUGAUUAUUGGUGUACCAUAUAUAUGGAAAGAGAAAGAUGGUAAUAAAUAUGCAGAAUAUCAAUAUGAUGAAGUUUCUAGCAGUGUUUGUCAAGCCAUAUUAAAACAAGCAUAUGUUAUGUUCAGAUUAUUUAUGGGAUCAUUUGACACUAUUAUUAGUGAACCUGAAUGUGGGUCCAUAACAUUAUUAAAGCAUAAACUUGAGCAUUUUUAUUCAAGGUAUUUACUAUCUCUAAAUUUAAAUAAUAGUGAUAUAUUGGAUGUUUUCCAAGGCUUACAAUUUCUACCUCUUGACAAAGUAACAUUUUUAAAGGUUCAGUGUUUUAUGAAUCUUGUAGAAGCUAUGUUCUCUCAAGUGAAGUAUACAGCAUUUCUUUAUAAUGAUCAAGUUGUAUGGAGUGGGUUAGAACCAGAGGAUAUGCAAGUAGUUUAUAAGUAUUUAGUAAGUACAAUUUUACCAGCUCAUCUUGAAAAAGAACUACAUGGAGGUUCAAUGCCCAGGAAUUCACCUUCACCAUUUACUACUUCUCAUUAUGGAAAAUUUGUUACUGGUCCAUCUAGUAUUAAUGAACCAAGUUUAAUUGGAAAGUCUCCUAAAGUAUUUAUAAAUUAUUCUACAAAACCUGUUUCAUUAUAUUUGGUAGUUUACAGAGCAUUAAGUGCCACAAUAUGCCUAUUCGUUGAUAGCAAAACAAGUUUAUCAAUAGAUUUCUUUAAAAGUCUUGACAGUUUUCUUGGUCCACAAUUGACAACACUUGUUAGUUCAGUUGCAGAACAAUGUGCUAAACAUGUAACAGUUACUUCAGAAUCUUGCAAAUACUUAUAUUUUAAUAAACUUAACUUAGCAUAUAAGAGUACACUACACCCAGAUAACAGGCGAUGUUCUAAUGCACUUACAACACCCGAAGUAUUGCGAGUUAUUACUGAUAUAUACAAUGAUACAAACAAAUUAAAAGAAGCUGGAGAAAUUAUUGUAAAAACUAUGAGUGAUUAUUGGGUUGUUGGAAAAUUAUCGAACUUGAGGGAAUUUUUUGUAGUUAUUCAACAAAGAAGUGCAAGCAUAAUCGAAAUAGAAGACGAAAAAAAGAAGCUUUGUGAAAAGGAAUUAAAAAGUAUAUUUUUCCAUUAG